AGGAAGAAGAGGAGGAAAUGGCAGCUUCUCAGGGGCUGCUGACAUUCCAGGAUGUGACCAUAGAUUUCACUCAAGAGGAGUGGGAAUGCCUGGACCUCGGUCAGCGGGAAUUGUACAGGGACGUGAUGUUAGAGAACUACGGGAAUCUGGCCUGCUUGGGUCUAGUGGUCUCUAAGCCGGGCCUGGUCACGUUUCUGGAGCAAAUGAAGGAUCCCUGGGAUGUAAGGAGAAUGGAGACAGCCAUACACCCAGCUGUGUCUUCUCACGACACCCAGGGUUUGAGGACCCAAAAGCCAGGCUUAGAAGAUUUACUCCCAACGGCAAAGCUAGGAAUAUAUGAAAGAUUUCACCUUAGAAAUUUACAUUUAACCAAGGACUGGGAAUCUAUGAGGGCAUAUAAAGAGCGGAGAGCAUGUUAUGAUGGACACAACCAAGUUGGUACAGUUUCCCAUAAAGUAAACAUUUCCGCCAAAAGAAAUCAAGGAUGUGAAUCAAAUAAGGAAAAACCAAUUUCAGAUGAUGAAUUUCAGUCAUCAACAUUUGAAGUUAAGCGUAUAUUUGUCAGCAAAGAUCCUCAUCAUCUCUUGAAACAUACAUGUUCUCUGAAGGGAAAUGUGGAAAAUCUGGAAGGUCAUCUAGUCUCUACUGCAAAUGCUCAUUCAAACCUAUACUCUGAGCAUAGCUGUCUAUUAAAUAUACAUUCAAACAUGUCUGGAAACCAGAAACUUAAACAUGAGGGGGGAAAUUCCCAAUACAAUCAAUUUGAGGGAUCCUUUAACAAGGAUUUCUUGUUCUUCAACCAGGAACUACUGUCUCCUUGUUCCAAAAUCUGUAAUGGUGAUAAUAAUGGGAGAGACCUUACUCAGCCAUCAUUGUUCAAUACAUAUAGAGGUAUAAUUAGUGUUGAACAACUUUAG